AUAGAAAUUUUAGGAGUGAAUACAUACUAAAAGAUGGGAUCCUCAAAGAAACAUAAAGAAAAGGAUAGAGAUAGGGAGCACAAGAAGAAAAGGAAACACAGAUCUCGGUCUCGCUCCAAAGAAAGAAAGAGGCAUCGACACGAACGUGAUAGAGAACAUUCGGACCGCGAGAGAUACCGUCGAGAGGAAGAGUACCUUGAAAAUGAUGAUUAUUAUCCAAAGGAGCUGGAAGAUGUUGAUAUUAAGGCAUCGUCUAAAGGAUCCUACACAGAGGCACCAGCCCCCACGGGGGGAGCAAGUGGGGAUGUCUCUCUGAGUAUAGAAGAAACAAAUCGUAUAAGAGCCAAAUUAGGAUUGAAACCUCUUGAUGUUGGUCCUGAGAAAAAGCAGACUGAUGAUGGUUUUCUAAUCACAAAAGAAGGAGAUGUACACAAGCCUGCCUUGAGCCUAACAGAGAAAAAAGAAACUGAGAAAUUGAAGGAGAGAAUUCAAAAAAUGAAGGAUAAAAGAAAAAUCAAAGACCAGUUAGGCAAAGUGAAAACCCUGGGUGAAAGCGAUUCAGAUGAUGACACAACAGCCUGGGUGAAGAAAAGUCGACAAAAACAGAAAGAAAAGGAACUUGCAGAAAAAAGGGCAAAGCAGUUAAUGGAACUAGAUGAAGCUUUUGGAUUGGAGGAUAUUGUCAAAGAGGAAUUUAAAGACAGCAAGAAGGAAUAUACAUCUAAGGACUUGAGAGGUCUGAAGGUAGAACACUCUGUGGACAGAUUUAAAGAUGGACAGUCCAUCAUUUUGACGCUUCAGGACAAAGGAGUGUUAGAUGAAGAUGAAGGAGACACACUAGUUAAUGUUAAUCUUGUGGAUGAUGAGAAAGCAGAGAAAAAUGUGGAACUUAAAAAGAAGAAGCCAGAUUACAACCCAUAUGAUACUGGGGAUGUGGAUGAAUUUGGAAUGUUCAAAGUGAAGAAUGUGUUGGACAAAUAUGAUGAAGAGAUAGAGGGUGUUAAGAGAGAGAAGUUUGAGUUAGGGUCUGGUGGAAAGUAUGACACUGACCCUGAAAAACAGAUGGAUGAAAUUCGUAGACAGUUGAGAGAGCAGAGUCAGUCCCUAGGAGGAGUGACCCUCAACCCCAUCAAUGAGUACCUCACCCCACAGGAAGCAGCUGAGGCAGCAAAGUUUAAAAAAGUUAAAAAGAAAGUAAGGAAAAUCAGAAAGAAAGAAUCAUUAAAAGCAGAUGACCUACUUCCUCUGCCAAAUCAAGGUCAGGAGGGCACAGAUUAUGGGUCAAGGAAGAGAGGGAGGGGAUAUGUGCGAGGGGAGGAGGAUGCUGUUGAGGGUCAAUCAGGCUAUGAGAAUGGUUACGGGAUGACAGCUCCCAUUGUGAUUGACUAUGCCCAUGGUCACACAGCGGUCAGUGUCAAUGAGCAGCCAAUGGAGGUCACAGAGGAAGAGGAAGGUACGUACUUGGAUGGCCCAGAUGAGGAUCUCAGUAAUGUUGUAAUAGAGGAAGAUGAGGCAGAAAAGGAGUUACACACAGCUCUGUCAAAAGCAAGGAAAAUCAAGCAGAGGAAAGAUGCCUCUGUAGUUGUCAAGGUAGCAGAGCAGGUGCUCUUAAAUGUUAAGCCAGAGCCAGAAGAGGAAGAAGCCCCACACGAGGGAAACAUUAUCCUCAAUGCUACCUCCGAGUUCUGUAGAACGCUGGGGGAUAUUCCUACGUAUGGCCAGUCAGGGAACAGAGAGGAAGAUCAGGAGGAUUUCAUGGAUUUUGAGAAAGAACUUGAAGAACGAAGGAAAAAAGAAGAGGAUGAGGAACAGAUGUCAGGCUGGAAUGCUGUGGAAAUUGAUGAGACCCCUGUCAAUAUCACUGGAGAGGAACAAGCAGUGCUAGAAGAAGAACCAGUGGUGAGUUCAGGGGUAGGAGCUGCUCUAGAGCUUGCUGUAAAGAAAGGCUACAUAGAAGAUGAAGGGAAGAAAAUGGCCAUUGUGAGGAGCAAAGCUAAGCUUGAGUUGGAGGUUCAGAAUUACUCCAUAGAGGACAAAAGAUAUGAUGAUUUGGAUGAGAAGUACAGCAGAAAGAGGGACAGAUACAGUGGAGGGGGAGGGCUGAUUCAGGACUUCAAGGAGAAAGACGGAUAUAAACCCGACGUCAAACUAGAAUAUGUGGAUGAUGGAGGGCACCUGCUGAAUCAAAAGGAGGCCUUCAGGCAGCUGUCUCAUAGGUUCCACGGAAAAGGCUCUGGCAAAAAGAAAACGGAAAAACGAACUAAAAAACUGCAGGAGGAACAGUUGAUGAAGCAAAUGAGUUCCACAGACACACCCCUUGGUACACUGAACAUGCUAAAGGAUAAGCAGAGAACAGAGAAGUCACCUUACAUAGUCCUGUCAGGCUCCAAAGGUUUUUCAUCAAAUUCCAUCAUUAAACCAAGCCAAACGUGAAUCUAUUGGAAUAUUGAGUGCAUUUUCUAGACUGUGAAUGCAGAAAAUUUACAUGAAGCAGAUCGACAUGACCCCAACUACAGACAGUAGGAAUCCCUUGAGCAGUUUGCAAUUUUAUUGGCUCACUAAAUCAUUACAUUUACAUUGCAUCAUUCUGUAAUAUUUUAUGGUCUUUGUUAGAUUCAACAACUGUCAAUAAAAUCAUGAAAACAGA